AUGGGUUUCACCAAGUCAUCAUCGAAAUCCACCAAUGCCCACAAUGCAUUCAUGGGGCGAAGUCGUCGUGAUAUCGACUCUCAACACUUCUUGGGUCCUAUCAAAAGCAGAGUUACCUACUUCAACGGCUCCAUGACCUGGAUGAAGGGAAAAGCGUUGGUGAAGCACGGCGAAGAGGAUUUGUUUUGCGAAUUCGAGGGAGAUCCAAAUUUCAUCGAACGCCGAUUUGGUGGCAACGUCAAGCGCCCUCGUGAGAAAACCAUGGACGAAGACCACGUCCCUGAUGAAGAAGCCAGCGGGACCCAACCAGAACCAAAAGCUCACCCCACGUCUGAGAGAGCAGUUGACCCUCAACCCAACAAAGAAGACGAACCUGCUCGUGUCGCUCCUACCCCCAAACGCAGCCGAGUUUCUGAUCCACUUGGCCUAGGACUAGCUCAGCGGGCCUUGGCCGAAACGGGAAUCGAAGGAUCAAACGAAGGACCGUCGCGUAACACGCGCUCUAGAGCUGGUAGUAGCCUGCGCGGAAGAGGAAGCCACGGUGCGGCACUCGCUAUUGCAGCCUCGCGAAAGAGUAGCGGUCGGACCGAAAGAACAUUGGCGCGCAAAGGAAAAGGGAAGGGCAAGGCUACGGAUCCUGAUCAACUGGCCGAAAUCACUGCUGGAAUCGACGGAUUUUCGGUUUUCAGUAAUCAUCAAAUCGAGGAGGAUCCCCGCCCCACCAACGUCGCGCCUGUAGGGCCAUCGACAAGCAAAAACGUAGAAAUGGAUGCGGGCGAGUGGGCCCAUCCGGUGACCCAUUCUGCCAAAGUUGGUGUAUGGCUUGAAAGAACGGCAGAAGCCGGCUCGCAGGCCCCGGCGAUUUCUAGCGAACAAGUUUCAUCUGAAGUGGUCCUCAAGAUCAUUGACUCGCUAUAA